AUGCUGGACAGAAUUGAUCAAUACCAGAAGAGGGUGAUGCGGUUCUGGACAGACAAGCAGAAGGAACUAGAACAGAGGCGGAAGCAGUGCCUGUGGUCCAUGACGCAGGUAUUCAGCCAGAUCGAAAAGGUGUUUAAACUAAAUCUUAGCCAGCCUGUGCCCUUGGUCUCUGGCUUUAAGCAGAUACCCGAUUUUACCAAAAUUCAACGUCCAGUCUUGGAGUUAUUCACUGAAGACAACAAAAAGCCCGACAUUUUCAAGACCUUUGGACAGCAGACUCAGGUGGAGUCCAUCUGGAAUGCUGACCUGUCCACUUCAAGCUACCCGAUAAUGGAGAAGACAUCUUUGAAUACACUCUGGACACAGCUGGGAGGGUACCCGGAUAUUCCCCGGCUGCUGCAGUUAGAUAUUCAAUGGACCUUCAGAAAAGCUCUUGCUUCCCUUCAGUCACAGUCUGAGAAGAUUCCCAAGUGA